AUGAAGUCUCCGAUGGCUACAGUAAACAAGAGUUCCUCAUCUUCCGGGGCUACGGAAAACUCCAUCAAUUCUGGCUCCAACAGCAGUCAAGCAUCCAACAACAAACCUGGCUCAGUGUCCCAUGGAUCUUUUUCUAAUCCCGCAUUUCCUGCCAAUGCUAGAUACUCAAGAAACUUAUCGUUUGGCACAUUAUUCCAGAAUUUGAACUCUGCCACUGGUGACGGCAGAGAUGAUUCACUAUCGUUCUUGCCCCAACUAAACGAAAAUGUAUCACUUGGUCUGCGAAACAAUUCGUUAAUGAACUUCAACAAUCAAGACCUUAAUUUCAAUAUUUCAUCAUCAUCAGCAGCAGCAGCAGCGCCACCAACAACAACAUCAACACCUUCAACAACAACAUCAACUAACCCUCAUAAUAUAUCAAACCCAAAUAACCCCACAGUCAACGCACAAAACAGUCCUGGUAGUAAUUCGCAUUCACCAAUUCAACAGCCGUCUCAGUCACGAAAAUCAUCAAUUACUGGCGCACUUUCUUCGAACAACACCAAUUCUUCUUCGCAACCGGCACAUUAUCACGAAAGACUCCCUUCAUUCUAUAGUUCUGGAGGGUCUUCUUCAGGAAAUCCCGGCCCGAUAUUCAAUACUGAAGUUUUUUCAAACCAUGGACUGAAUAGCUCAUCAACUGGUAAUGCCACUGGGUCUUCCACGAUAUCGGCAGGUGGUGGGAAUCACAAUCCAGGGAGUUCUCGAAACCCGUCUCUAAAUAAUAUCUUUAGUUAUCCAGGUGAUGUCCAAUCACCUCCAGGUGCAGGGUUCUAUCAUCGACCAUCAAUUGGUAGCUUUAACUUUGGCAAUGUUGGGAGAAGAAACUCGAAUUAUUUACCAAGUCUAGGAAUGGGAGACAUAAAUAGUGAUUUCGACAAUUUUUUCAAGCGUGACAGUGUUAUGAAAGGGAUGAGUGGUGAUUUACAAUUUGCCCCACAAGUAUCUAGAAAUAAUUCGACCGACGUCAAAGGGAAACCGGAGAGUUACCUUCUGGAUAACGUGAACAUCAACCAACAAGAACUGAAACUUUUCCCAAUUAAUGAAAGAGAUGCUGCCAAUCAAAGAAAGCACCAACGGCAGACGUCUGGCGAAUAUGGUGAUCGAAAGCGUCUUAGGCAAACAAAAUUGAAAAACGUAAACGAAUCUGCUUAUAAUAAUGUACUGCAAGACCAACUACAACAGUUACAGACGGUGCAACAACAACAACAACAACAACAGCAGCAGCAGCAGCAGCAGCAGCAGCAACAACAACAACCUCCAAUACCCCAAAGAAUUCAACAGGCUCGUACCGUUCCUCCUCCAAAAUAUCAAUUUCCCAAACCAGUUGGUAACACCACUGGUCAGAAGACCAGUGCCGGUACCCCACCAAUACCUCAGACUACUCCGCCAAAUAGUUCUUUGAUGAUGGCUCCAACUUCUGAUAAACAAGAAUUCAAAAGUCCAUCUCAACAAGUAGUAUCAGGAACUCAAGCCCAACAGUUAUUGCCAGUCAAAGAUGCUGGACCGCAAACCGAGGAUGGCAAACCACUUUUGGGUGCUACUAAAGUUGACCAGCUUAUGCUUGUAAUUCAGGCGCGGGCUAAAGGGGUAAAAAAGCAAAUCCAACAGGCUCCUGAUGGCCUGAUUCUUAAUGAUGGUGAAGUACUUCCUCCAACUAUUGAACUUGUGGGAGGCAUUGAUAAAAUCAAAUCCCGAGCAAACGCCAAGAAGAAGUACCAGUGUAAAUAUUGUUUCAAGAAUUUCACCCAGUCUACCCAUCUUGAAGUUCAUCUUAGGCUGCACAUUGGACUUAAACCAUUUAAGUGUGAACAUUGUGGGAAAACUUUUACUCAAGGCGGGAAUUUACGAACCCAUUUAAGAUCUCAUACUGGGGAAAGACCGUUCAAAUGUGAUGAAUGUGGCCGAUGCUUUUCUCGUAAAGGUAAUUUAGCGGCUCAUAAGUUGACUCACUCGCACAUCAAGCCAUUUGAAUGCAAACUUGAUAAUUGCGAUAAGGCAUUCACCCAACUUGGGAAUCUUAAAGCCCAUCAGAACCGAUUCCAUUCCCAAACCGUUCUUGAACUUACUAAUCGCCUUGCCACUCUCGGAGAAGACCUUUAUCAUCUUCCUCCAGAUGAGAGGUCAACCAUUGAAUAUUUUUUGAAUAUUUAUAAGAAUCUGAACAAGGGAAUCAAGGGACGUGGAAGGAAAGGAAUGGGUAAGGCCAAUGCUAGAAAUAAAGAAAUUGACAAAUUCCAGCAAGCAAACGAUCAACUGGACCCAACCGGUGAUCGUGCCAUGCUCCCUCCUGGCACUCAGGUACCGGGGCAAUUUGAUGGUAAUGAGUAUCCUACGACUUUAGGUGGUGCAGCACCGGGGGCUCAAUCAGGGUAUUAUCUUCCACCACCAGGCCAAACACAAAUGGGAAUAAAUUAUCGAGUGAAUCUUGCACCAGGAUAUGGGUUCAAUGGCAAUCCCCCACCAUCCUAA